UCACUCCUUGCACCGUCCAUCUGCGCAUCCUACGUUUUCUUCCGCUCCUUCUCUUUCUCCUUCACACUUUCCUUAUCUAUCUUGCAUAAACACGGCGCCCCUGUCGCGGCUCAACGCUAAUGGUACUUGGCCGAGUGGCUAACUUUUUUACCAACGGAGAAUCCACACACGAUCUGGUCGAGGCGGAGAGAAGAGAUGUUGCUGUUGCAAUGGAUAGCGUCGCAUCGUCUGCGGCAGACACGGCAAAGGUUAUAGCCGAGGAAAUAGAGGAUGAUGAGGGUCGACCACCAUAUCUCCAUGCAAUGCUGGCUGGAGGAAUAGGAGGCACAACCGGCGAUAUGCUCAUGCAUUCCUUGGAUACAGUCAAGACACGGCAACAAGGCGAUCCACACAUGCCACCGAAGUACACAUCCAUGGGCAGCACGUACUACACAAUAUGGCGACAGGAGGGAUUCAGGAAAGGACUUUACGGCGGUGUGAAGCCUGCCUUUCUGGGGUCGUUUGGUGGAACAGUGUGUUUCUUUGGAACGUACGAGUAUAGCAAACGAUUCAUGAUCGACAAUGGCAUUGCGCCGUCAGUGGCUUACUUCACAGCCGGUCUCCUCGGUGAUCUUGCCGCUGCACCCGCAUACGUACCCUCUGAAGUCCUGAAAACGCGCCUGCAAUUGCAGGGUCGAUACAACAACCCCUACUUCAACUCAGGCUAUAACUACCGCUCCACCACCGACGCCGCUCGCAUGAUAGUUAGGACAGAAGGCUUCAGCGCACUGUUCCAUGGCUACAAGGCUACUUUAUGGCGAGAUCUGCCUUUCUCUGCAUUGCAGUUCACGUUCUACGAAAAAGAAAGAGAUCUUGCGAAGAAUUAUAUGGCGUCGAACAACAUUGGUUUAUUGUUGGAAAUUGCGACGGCAGCCAGUGCGGGAGGAGCUGCAGGCGUGAUCACAACACCCCUCGAUGUGGUCAAGACACGCAUUCAGACCCAGCAACCCGAGCUUCCAGAGGUAUCGAAAUACCCGGUGAAACCAGCAAUCACACCCGCAUCGUCCUCAAAACACACGACUAUUUCAAGACCCGCAACCACACAUGUAUCCCAAAACCGACCUAUCUCGACCUCGUCACCCUCUACGACCCUCAAAGCACACGGCGCCGCAACACUCGAUACAUCAUCUGUUUUUACCGGUCUGAAGAUCAUAUACAAGACAGAAGGAAUCGCUGGAUGGUUCAGAGGCGUAGGACCAAGAUUUGUUUGGACAAGUGUGCAAAGUGGAACAAUGCUGGUACUGUACCAGACGUUGUUAAGAUACUUCGAGCAACAUCCACUUGUGAAUAUGGAUGAAGGAUUGUAAAAUAUUGUACGAUUAUGUCAAGAUAUGCGGAAUUGGAUUGAAGCAUUACAAGCCAUGCAUUGGAGGCGUUUGGGUUCGCUGAAGAAGCGAUAGAUUAGAAUAGGGUUGCCCUCAAUUACACACUUUACAACUU